AUGAGGGACCAAACCACAGCACCCCUUGGAUUUGAGGGACUUAAGCGACGAAUCGAUCGGCGAGGAGACGAGCAGGAGGACGAGGAACGCCAAAACCUCGCCGGAUCAGCCCAAUCUGCUGCCGCACCGGACACGUGGCCAACGGUGGACGGCCCUUUAGGUCUCUAAGGCGAGAGAGGCGAGGAGUCGGUACCCUGCGCUCGCCGAUUCUUUCGAUGGUGCUUCGCGCUUCUCCCCUUUCUGUGGGCCGUCAACUGUUACUAUUUCUGGCCCGUUCUUCGAUGCAAAGAGCCCACGAUAGCUUCCUACUUCCAUCGGAUUCGGCAUUAUGUGGUGCGUUCUGCGCUAGGCUUUGCGAUUUUCUCGGUACUACUUACUUCAUGGGCACUGACAUUUAUGAUUGGAGGGGAGAGGCUUUUUGGCCCGACUUGGAAUUAUCUUGUUAUGUAUAAUGUUGCGGACAAAGUACGUCUCACAGGAUGGAUGUAGAGGGCUAGUAAUCUGACCUGUCCGAAACCAGUCAGGGUUACCCUUGUCCAUAUGCUCUAUUUAUCUUUGAGAUGAUAAGCUCCCCAGCCAAGAUUUGUUCUUAUGAGAAGACUUGUUUGUUCAAGAAAUGCAAGUGAGAUGUCUUUGUUGUCAUUCCGUAUGACAAAAUGCCUGAUUUCUUUGUAAAACUUGCGCCUUCGUUGGUUUGGACCUUGUUUUCUGAGUUCAUAGUACAAGAAGACAAAGUCAAGAUGUUAGGUGCACAAAUGAUGCACUUAUUGAUGUCUUGGGAACCAACCAUUCCUUCCGAAAGAAGCUGAUCAUUUAUCGUUAAAGAGAAUGAGCUUCAAGAGAACGAUUUCAGUAAUAUUGUAAUCUUUUUCCUGAAUUUUUCGACAGAACCUUCUCGGUUUCAUCCUUGGCCGCCUCUCUAUUUGACGCGGUCGUUCUUAUGUAGACAUAUUUUGGCAUAUUUCAUAUGCUGUUACUUUCUGUGUCUCUUUAUCAGGAGAUGAGCAAAGGUAUGUUGACAAAUAUUGUUCAUGUGUUUAA